UAAUCUCUUUCCGAUUGCCAUUUGAGGAUAGCAGCUCAUUAUUAUUUAUAACUACUUGAAGAGUGUAAAAUAGCUAAUAAAAACAUCAAAUACUAGUGGGUAUUGGUUUACUGAAGACCCUCUCGAGACUCGUAAGAAAGCACAAUUAAAAUCAUCACAAAUAAUGGUUAUAAAAGAGUACGAACAAUUAGAAUAAGUCUGCUUAUGAAGACGACUAAUAUAUGCUAACUUGUUUUCCUAAGGUGACUAGGAGUGUUCUUUGGUAUUGAUCCAUCAUAGCAUUUGAUACUCUCAAUGGGUAUCCGUUUUACAUUUUACACAUUCCUUUUUGUUUAAAUUUAUAAUUUAUUAAGCAUUUCGUUCAGUUUCAUAUUUCUAUCUCAAUUGCAGAUCUGAAAUUCCCGUUUCACAUUAAGACUCAUCCGAUUCUUUUCUGUAGCUGAUUAACUGAACUUCAUUCUUAUUUUAUAUCAUAUGAACCAUAAACGCAUCCUUGAUUACUUUGUAUAUCAUGACACUUCUCUUAUAUAUUUACUACGCUACCUACGACUUGACUUCAACCAUAAGCAAUGGCACAGCGACUAACAUCAGCAUUUUUGAACUGGCGGGAACAUAUUACAGCUGCUAGUAAAAGCUCAAACUUUGAAACGACUGGAAUGAUAAGUCCAGAGGAGUUUGUUCUAGCAGGCGACUAUUUAGUAACAAAGUUUCCUACUUGGAGUUGGGAAUGUGGCGAUCGUAUUCGAGGAUUUUUACCUAAAGACAAGCAAUAUUUGGUAACCCGGCAUGUCCUGUCUGUGCCGAGGGAGAUAAAUGUUGAUGUCAAUGGAGAUUGGGUGGAUGUAGAAACUGAAGAUUCAAAAUUUAAACCUUCAGGCAUGGAUGACAAUUCAUCCGUGAGCAGUAUUCAUAGUGAGCAGAGUGGGUCUUUGCUUCAAGAAACAUCCUAUGAUGCCCCAAAAAAUAGUAAAGAUGCCAGUAAUGUUCCAGAUUCUGAGGGUUUACCACUACAAGAUGAAGAAGAAGAUGACCUGCAGAUGGUUCCCGUUAGCGUUCCUCGAAAUGAAGCUCGGAGAUACGAUUUAUACAUUGUAUAUGAUAAAUAUUAUAGAACUCCACGACUAUUUCUUCGAGGAUGGAAUGCGGGAGGCCAGUUACUCUCCAUGAAAGAUAUUUAUGCAGACGUAUCCGGAGAGCAUGCUGGAAAGACUGUCACGAUGGAGCCCUUUCCUCAUUAUCAUUCUCAUAAUACAAUGGCCAGUGUUCAUCCUUGUAAACACGCUAGCGUCUUGCUGAAGCUCAUAAAGCAACACCGAGAAAGAAACGAGCCGAUUCGCGUAGAUCAGUACAUGGUUCUCUUUCUAAAAUUUGUUUCUACCAUGCUUCCGUACUUUGAAAUUGACUAUACCAUGCAAGCCUGAAGUACACUAUCUUCUUCUUUUCCAUUCAUUUGUACUAAUACUUCGAUCCUAUAAUGCCCCUUCCAAUACGCAAGAUACCGAACAUCGUAUAUGUGUUGGAUGUAAGUUUAUGAUGUUUUAACGAACCUAUUCUUUUUGUUGUUUCAGUUUCUGUUGGUAACUUUUCGGAUUUUUUUUUAUAACACACAGAAACAUUUGCUAAAUGACACAGUUUUUUAAUCCUUUAUGAUAAACCUGGCAUUCCUCUCUUUUUCUCCCCGUAUCACGACCAUAUUCCACAGGCAUAACUUAAUCAACGCUCUAUUCUUUAGAAUUGAUAGUUCGUAUAUAUAAUGAAUCUAUGAAAUGAUGCUAUAAAAGACAAAAUAGACUUAUAAUUAUUUAUUGGUUCGUACAACCAUGAUGGUCUAAUAUAUAAUGGAAGAAGCUUUCUCACAAUAGCAACUGCAACGCUCAACCCAGGUGAGUGGUAUCGUCUAACAGUUCUUCUAAUUCUCUAUCGUUGGGAAGCAUUCUGGUAUCCACAUCCUCUGGGAAAGGAUUCGUUGGCUUAGGUUGUUCUGUUAGGGCGUUGACAACAUAAUGAUUAUCACAGCUUGAAGAAAGUUAAUAUUAGAAAAGUUAUUAAACCUUUGAAGCAAUCAAGACGAUAUGCAGUCGUAAAACGCUUCUGGGGUUCAAUUCAAUACUUACUUGGGGCAAAAUUCGUCGCUAUCGUCCAUUUCCUCUCCGAAAUGAACACGAAAUGCUUUACGGCAUUUCUUGCAUAUUAAAGUCAUUUCUGGAGUCCUGAGUAGAGGGUGAUCAGCGACUUCAUCAUGGCAUUGAAUGCAAUCGACCCAACGGCGGCAACAAGCUGUACGAAUGGAAACUUGAGCGUUUAAUAUGUGCUUGCUUCACUGAGUUAGUAAAGGAAGAAUGGAAACGAGAUAAUUGAUUCAAAACAUCAAAGAAAUGACACAUAGUCAUUGAGAACGUAUUUUAAAAAUUUAUUUACUUACCACAUUAUAUAAGCUUUUAAACUUGUUUAGCAAAUCUCCC